AUGGCUAGUAACAGUUUUUCCAAUCUGUUUACGCAGACAUACGGCAAAAGCGUAAUGAAUACAUCUCGAUUAAAACAAUGCAUAUUUGUGUUGGUAUGUUUAAUUUACUCGACGUUUGGCUCGGAAACUGUCAGGUCAUGUGAAGUAAUCAGAUCGACCAUGUGCCGAGGGCUGGGCUACAACGUGACAGGAAUGCCAAAUCUGGCGGACCAGCUGGAUCAGGAAGAUGCUAUUCUGCAACUGCAGACGUUUACUCCUUUGAUUCAGUACGGCUGUUCCAGUCGCCUAAAGUUUUUCUUGUGUUCGGUAUACGUUCCGAUGUGUACAGAAAAAGUCAUCACGCCAAUAGGCCCGUGUAGGCCGCUGUGUGAGAGUGUUCGGGAUCGUUGUAAACCGGUGCUGCAUGAAUUUGGUUACCCCUGGCCCGGAGCUCUAAACUGUACCAAGUUUCCUACGGAAAACAACCACGAACAUAUGUGUAUGGAGGGGCCUGAUGAUGAGAACGACAAACAUACGGUACCACCGAUACGACGACCUCGACCCGAACACACAACAGACGCGACAUCAAGGUAUGGAGGUGGAUCUCGAGGCAAAGACAUUCCAGACUUCAGACUGCCAGAUCUUCCAAAGCUAAACUACAAGCCGUGCGUACAUUUGGGAUAUCGCAACUUUAUGAAGUAUACAUACAUCAAUCGAACAGACCGUUGCGCCUUGCUAUGCGGUCAGAACGAUGCAUUCACUGACGACAAUAAAUACUUCGCUAAUGUAUGGAUGGCGGUUUGGGCCGGCCUUUGCUUCGCUUCCACUCUUUUUACAAUUUUGACGUUCCUGAUAGACUCCCAACGCUUCCGCUACCCAGAGCGGCCCAUUAUCUUAAUGGCAAUGUGUUACAAUAUAUACAGUAUCGCCUACAUCGUUCGACUGAUUGCCGGCCGAGAAGACAUCGCUUGUGACACGGAAAGCCAGAGUGGACAGAGCAUACUUAUCCAAGAAGGGCUGGAAAACACCGAUUGCGCUAUCGUGUUUUUGUUGCUGUACUUUUUUGGCACGGCCAGUUCUUUAUGGUGGGUCAUUCUCACCUUGACCUGGUUCUUGUCUACAGGGCUCAAGUGGGGUCACGAAGCAAUUCAGGUUCGCAGCAGCUAUUUUCAUCUGGCAGCCUGGGCAAUCCCUGCUAUCAAAACCAUCAUCAUACUCGUCAUGAGAGACGUGGAUGCUGACGAGCUCACGGGGAUUUGCUACGUUGGCAGUCAGAGCACCUCAACUCUGAUGGCUUUUGCCAUUGCCCCUCUCAUAGUCUACCUCAUCUUGGGUACAUCCUUUCUAGUCGCUGGUUUUGCCUCACUUCUGAGAACUCACAGACAGUCCGCCCGCACCACAGAUAAAGUAACAGGCUCUAAUUCUACAGGCCCAGCCGGUGAAGACAAAAUUGAAGCGUUGAAAGUCAGGAUUGGAAUUUUUUCAGUAUUAUACACAGUACCCGCUGCUUCAGUCAUAGGAUGCUUACUGUAUGAGUACACUUCGAGGGAUGAUUGGUACUCCAUCAAGUCGAAAGCGACCCCAAACGUUGAAAUCUUCAUGCUGAAACUCUUUAUGUCCCUGGUCGUAGGAAUCACCAGCGGUGUUUGGGUAUGGUCUACGAAAACUAUGGGUUCAUGGAGAAUCCAGUUUAAGAAAUUGUUUGGACCCAGAAGGGAUAGGAAGGGGAUUGAGUACACGGUUCCCGUGCAUCACUAUCAUCAGGUGCCUGCUAAGGUCGGCAGCGCUCCAUCGUCCAGGGCUAUCAGAACAGAAAAGUCCAAGCGUGGGAAAUCAGACAGUGAGACCAUUGUGUGA